AACUCCCAAAUUCUACCCGGCGCACCGCAUUCACCACCACUUUGUUCGACAAUCUAGGGUUUCAUCGAGACGCUCCAUUUACCUCUAAAUUCUUCUCAUCGCUUCCCGACAAAGGAUCGCUUGGAGCUUUGGGCGAUGGGGUCUUACAAUUACAUGGUUUCACAGUUUCAUACCUCGUCAAUUCAUGCGGAAUGCCAUUACAGACUGCUCUGGAGGUUGCGUCUAAGCAUUGUUAACCAAGUUAAGGAUAUGGGAUUUCACCCUUCAAAACACGUGUUUGUUGAGGCCAUUAGAGUGCUCUCUAGUAUGAGUUCUUCAACCUGGGAAAGAAAAAUUGAAGCUUACAGGAAGUAUGGUUGGUCAGAGGAUCAAACUCUUUUAGCUUUUAAAAAGUAUCCUCCAUGUCUGGUUAUAUCUGAGGAGAAUAUCUAUAAGACUAUGGACUUUUUUGUGCACAAAAUGAGGUUCAAGCCAGAGGAUAUUGCUACAAACCCCUCUGUGAUGAUCUAUAGUUUGGAGAAGAGGAUAAUCCCUAGGUGUUCUGUUGUUCAAAGUCUUUAUUCAAAAGGUUUAUUAAAGAAAAAAUUGAGCAUUACCAGUAUAGUACGUCCUGCAGAAAAGACUUUCUUGGAGAAGUAUGUGACCAAAUUUGCUGAACAUGUUACUUGGUUGUUGCAAUUGUAUGCUGGAGAGAUCAAAGUUUUUUGAUGUUUAACUUCAAAUUCUUUCUUUUGUCCAUGAUUCAUGCAUUGUUAUGGGCCAUUUACUUGGCAGAACUCUAACAUAUUAGCUUAAUAAGGCUUAUGUUUCUUAUUGACUUGUGUAAUGGUCCCUCAAGUACUCUUGCAGGGUAAUAUUUUAUCUCAAUGGUACUUCAUGUACAAUUUUGAAGCAUGUGUACUGGUAUUACAUUUGUAGCUUAAGACCAAUUCCCUUGAAUCUAUUGUUUUGCUUACUUGUCUGAUUUACA